AGCUAUUUGCAGAUAUAUGUGAAUAUCGUGUCGAAUCGAAAUCAAGUACGGAUUUACAACAAACAGAAUCGGCUCAAGCCACUGCUACUACUACUAAUAAUAAUGAUAAUAGUAGUACUACUCCAGCAUCAAUCCUUUCUAUUCCACCAUUUCCUCCAACAUCACAAGGACAUUAUGGUCCUGCUGAAAAAGCUAAAGAAUUAGACAUUAUCACUGUACCAGAUGAUUUAGAAGCUCAAUUAAAUUGUCAUACUGGUGUAUUGGAAAUUAAAUUUACCACAAAAAAUCCACAAAAUAAACUUCCCCGAUUGACUGCACGUUUAAAAUCAUUGAUUCAUGAAACAUCAAUGCUUACAGAUUGUAUCCUGUUACGAACUGUUCAAGCUGUACCACCGGGUAGUAUAAAUUCUACAACAAGUCGUUUAUCUGGUACAUUAACUGUUCAAGGAGGAUCAUGUAUUCACAUGAUUAUAUUGACAGCGUAUUUACCAACAGCUGGUGAGUAUGCAUUGGAAGUUUACGGUGCACCAGCUGAUUCUGAUGAGAAUACAUCAUAUUUUUUGGUAUGGCAAUUUUUAAUAAAUUCCGAAUUUGGAAUUCGAUUAUCUACUCCAGUUAGAAAACGUUUAGCUACAAUGAAUCUUGGUCCACAAGAUGAAACAUGGUCUACACUAGGCUUAAAAUUACUUAGUCACACCGAUCCUUUAAUUCAUGUUCCAACGACUGGUUCUAUUGGAUUGCAAAAAACUCGUAGUAAAUCAGAAAUUAUGAAUCAGUAUAUUAUGAAUCAAGCAGAGAAAACUAUAAAUGAUGUAUCUACAGGCGAUUCAUUAGCCAUUCCUACAACACUACAAGAUCAAACAAAUGAAAUAGACGAUGAAUUACAAGAUCCACGUAGUUAUGACUUGAAAAUAAGAUUUUCCAAAGAAUCAAAACAGAAAAUCUAUGUAGUUGGACAGUUUGUAGAUAUCAGCAGUACACCGGAAGAAGAGGAUUGUACAACUUAUCUAUUACAACAAUGGGAAGAAUCUGAAGAACCUGGUAUGAAUGAACAUUUAACAUAUCUUAUUCGUAUACCAAAAGGUGAUCAUUUCUACAAGUUAUAUUUAUAUGCAACACCUGUUAAUGAUAAUGAAUUGCCUCAAUCAUUACCAUUAGUAUAUACAUAUUUAAUUGAAGCACCACCACGUAUAAUGGCAUCGGAAUUACCAUAUAUCGGUGUAAAAUGGGGUGCAUUUCCUGAGAAAUUAGAACAACACACAGCUAUUAAACAAGAGUCUAAAUAAUCAUAAUAAUCAUGUGAAAGUUUCAUUUAUUUUUUAUCUUCAAAACAAUAAAAAAAAUGUAUUCAGAAUUUUUUUUUCAGGCGCCAUAUUUAAUAUGUAAAAAUAAAAAAAAAAUUAAAUUACGAAUUAUACUACAAGAAGGAAUGUACUAUUGUGUCUGUGUGUGUGUUUUUUGUGGUUUGACCAAAACAGACGUAAUUGUUCUGUGUUUGUGUCUGUACGUUUGUGUGUCUUUGUUUUGGCGAAAACAGACGUAAUUGUUCUGUGUUUGUGUCUGUCUCUCUCUCUGUGUGUGUGUCUACUGCUAUCCUAUUGUGUUAACAUGUAAUUCUUUAAUGAAUGUUGUCGAAUUUCGUCGUGUAUUUAACCAGAGUGAAUUAAAUACAACAUGGUAUGAUGGUUGGUUUUAUUCUUUGGAAGUCUCAUUUUUUUUUUCGUUUGCUUUAUCAUAUUUUAUUUAUUUAAUUGAAAAAUUAAUGAUUUUUCCCCUUAAUUCAUACACUUUCUUUUUUGCUUACAUAAUUAAUAAUUAGGUUCAAUAAAUAAAAGCUAAUCAGAUCUUAUAAUAUGCUUAUUAUGAUCAUUGAAUGCGAUACUAGCCACCAAAAAACAAGUGUUUCUCAUUGUUUCUUAUUGUUGUUCUCACUGUUGAAAAAGUGCCUGUUUGUUUCAAUGUGUUCAUUCAUGUGUAAGCAUUGUCAAUGUGAUACUACUCUACUUUUCAGUUUCUCUUGCUUGUUCUUAUUGAAUGCUUUGAAUUAAUCAAGUUAAUCGCAAAAUUCUUUUAUUUCAAUGAAUUAUUGUUAAUUUUAUCUCAAUAAAAUUAAGAACUAACAAAAAUUCAAUAAAAUUUUCGUCUGUUGUUAUGUUUGUAUUGAAAGUUUUUGUUUUCCAAUGGAUCAAUUGCAUUCAAUGUUCAAUAAUUC